UUUCCAAAUCCACAGGAUAUGUGUUAAAUCACUCAGAAGACAACGCAUCCACAACACUUCUGGACAUCUACGCAUUAUAUUCCCUUUCUUAAAUUAGCCCCCCCUCAGCGUCGCAAUACCGCCCCCAAUUUCAGUGUCGGUACGGAGCCGCCAGGCCGGGACAGAGAUGGAGAGAGAGCCCUCGGCCAUGGAAGCGCUCGGACCCGACCCCCCUAUAGGCCCGUCGGCCCCCACCUCCCUCUUCCAGCCCCCGCGGAGGCCUGGCAUGGGCACUGUGGGGAAGCCCAUCCGCCUGCUGGCGAACCACUUCCAGGUGCAGAUUCCCAAGAUUGAUGUCUAUCAUUACGAUAUCGACAUCAAGCCUGAGAAACGGCCUCGGAGGGUCAACCGGGAGGUGGUGGACACCAUGGUUCGCCACUUCAAGAUGCAGAUCUUUGGUGAUCGACAACCGGGCUACGACGGGAAGAGGAACAUGUACACGGCCCACCCACUACCCAUCGGGAGAGACAGGGUGGAUCUGGAGGUGACUCUACCGGGGGAGGGGAAGGACCAGACCUUCAAGGUGUCGCUGCAGUGGGUGUCGGUGGUGAGCCUGCAGAUGCUCCUGGAGGCCCUGUCAGGCCACAACGAGGUCCCCGAGGACUCUGUUCAGGCCCUGGACGUCAUCACCCGCCACCUGCCUUCCAUGAGGUACACUCCAGUGGGGCGCUCCUUCUUCUCCCCUCCGGAGGGCUACUACCACCCGCUGGGCGGAGGGAGGGAGGUGUGGUUCGGCUUCCAUCAGUCGGUCCGUCCUGCCAUGUGGAACAUGAUGCUCAACAUCGAUGUCUCCGCCACCGCUUUCUACCGUGCCCAGCCCGUGAUCGAGUUCAUGUGCGAGGUGCUGGACAUCCAGAACAUCAACGAGCAGACCAAGCCACUCACCGACUCCCAACGCGUCAAGUUCACCAAGGAGAUCCGAGGUGGGUGGGGACCUGCAGGUCUGAAAGUCGAGGUCACCCACUGUGGUCAGAUGAAGAGGAAGUAUCGCGUGUGCAAUGUCACUCGCCGCCCCGCCAGCCACCAAACGUUCCCCUUACAGCUGGAGAAUGGCCAGGCCAUGGAGUGUACAGUGGCCCAGUACUUCAAGCAGAAGUACAGCCUACAGCUUAAAUACCCCCACCUGCCCUGCCUACAAGUGGGGCAGGAACAGAAGCACACCUACCUGCCCCUGGAGGUUUGCAACAUUGUGGCCGGGCAGCGCUGCAUCAAGAAGCUGACAGACAACCAGACCUCCACCAUGAUCAAAGCUACAGCACGUUCCGCACCCGACAGGCAGGAAGAGAUCAGCCGACUGGUCAAAAGCAACAGCAUGGUGGGCGGUCCCGACCCCUACCUGAAGGAGUUUGGCAUUGUGGUGCACAACGACAUGACCGAGGUGACGGGCCGAGUCCUCCCAGCGCCCAUGCUGCAGUAUGGGGGCCGGGUGAGUACCGACACUGGGCGGGACUGUGGCAGGGGACUCUCUCCGCAGAAUAAGACCGUGGCCACGCCCAACCAGGGCGUGUGGGACAUGCGGGGGAAGCAGUUCUACGCCGGGAUAGAGAUCAAGGUGUGGGCCGUGGCCUGCUUCGCCCCACAGAAACAGUGCAGAGAGGACCUGCUCAAGAGCUUCACAGACCAGCUGAGGAAGAUCUCGAAGGACGCGGGGAUGCCCAUCCAGGGCCAGCCGUGUUUCUGUAAAUACGCCCAGGGAGCAGACAGCGUGGAACCCAUGUUCAAACACCUCAAGCUGUCCUAUGUGGGACUGCAGCUCAUCGUGGUCAUCCUGCCCGGCAAAACCCCUGUCUACGCGGAGGUGAAGCGGGUAGGAGACACUCUCCUGGGCAUGGCCACUCAGUGUGUCCAGGUGAAGAACGUGGUGAAGACGUCCCCCCAAACCCUCUCCAACCUCUGCCUCAAGAUCAACGCCAAACUGGGUGGCAUCAACAACGUCCUUGUGCCCCAUCAGAGACCCUCUGUGUUCCAGCAACCCGUCAUCUUCCUGGGGGCGGACGUCACUCACCCUCCAGCCGGCGACGGCAAGAAGCCCUCCAUCGCGGCGGUGGUGGGCAGCAUGGACGGCCACCCCAGCCGCUACUGUGCCACGGUGCGCGUGCAGACGUCGCGCCAGGACCUGUCCCAGGAGCAGCUGUACAGCCAGGAGGUCAUCCAGGACCUGACCAACAUGGUGCGCGAGCUACUCAUCCAGUUCUACAAGUCCACGCGGUUCAAGCCCACACGCAUCAUCUACUACCGCGGCGGCGUGUCCGAGGGCCAAAUGAAACAGGUGGCGUGGCCGGAGCUGAUAGCCAUCAGGAAGGCCUGUAUCAGCUUGGAGGAGGACUACCGACCGGGCAUCACCUACAUCGUGGUUCAGAAACGCCACCACACCCGCCUCUUCUGCUCAGACAAGACCGAGAGGGUUGGAAAGAGUGGCAACGUCCCAGCCGGAACCACGGUGGACAGCACAAUCACCCACCCCUCCGAGUUUGACUUCUACCUGUGCAGCCAUGCUGGGAUCCAGGGGACCAGCCGGCCCUCCCACUACCACGUCCUGUGGGACGACAACUGCUUCACGGCCGACGAGCUCCAGCUGCUCACCUACCAGCUGUGCCACACCUACGUCCGCUGCACCCGCUCAGUCUCCAUCCCCGCGCCAGCCUACUACGCCCGGCUGGUGGCCUUCCGCGCCCGCUACCACCUGGUGGACAAAGAUCACGACAGUGCGGAGGGCAGCCACGUGUCGGGCCAGAGUAACGGUCGGGACCCCCUGGCCCUGGCCAAGGCAGUCCAGAUCCACUAUGAUACACAGCACACCAUGUACUUCGCCUGAGCCACGCCAGCAAUGGGUGCAGUUCUGUCCCUUCUCUCUCUCUCUCCUCUGUCUCUCUCUUUUUUUGCCAGUCUCUCUAUCUUUCUCUCUCUUGCGUCUUGAUCUGCACCAAAGCGGUUCGAAGCCAGUGAAGUGUGCCAAUGGAGUAUUUUCCUUUUCGGGGAAAAAUGACAUCCGGCGUUCCCGAUCGAGCCGCCUUCUACCAGCAAUCCGGCACUGAGAGACCGUGGGGUUUCCAAUGUACAGAGAAAGCAAAUACACGCAUACACAAGUUGAGCCAUUUAAUUUUUUUCCCGUUUUGAAUGUCUUUUUUUUGUAACACUGAGCAAUGGAGCGGACUGACGCCAAUCGUCAGUGGCAGCUCUUCUAGCUAAGCAGGACUCUACUUUUUACCUCAAAGCCCUUUGGGUGAAAAUCUGUCAUAAGGUCUUGGGUUGGUGGGGG